AUGCAGAGUCCGAAAAAAGAGCCAGCCAAGGAGGCCGCCUACCAAAACUAUCUGGCACAAGAGAAGGAGUUGGCUGACGCGCAGAGACGUGCUCAGGAACAGGAAUUUGCUUACAAACAGAAGCUGAACGCCCAGGAGGCGGAGCUAAUUGCCAUGCACGCGCGGGAGGCACAGAAACAUCGCUCAUCGUUGCAAACAGAAUACCGGGCGGCCAAAGAGAGGGAAGAAUCAAAGAGGCCGAACAAGCGCGAAGUGGGCGUUCUCUAUCAAGUGAACCCACAAUUCACCGAGGACCAGCUCCGAGCUGUCCGGCUCCACACCGGACUCUCUCCCCCAGAUAUGAAGCCCGUAAUCGGUGACUUCGGCCUCGUCUCGCAAGCCAGCGCCCUUCCCGUGGAAAGGAUCGGAGGCGCCCAAAUGCAACCUGGUCAAAUAGCCUCUCUUGCACAUGGACCCAGCCCCGCCCAAACCGGUGUUUCAAACGCCGAACGCUCACUCCUGCAAGCCUGCAACCCUGUCGAAGUCGAUAAGGUAUUCACUGUCUGGUUAAGAGCUAUAAAAGAGGCAGCCUUCAACUACUAA